AUGUCCUUCCCGCACUUUGGACACCCUUAUGGAAGCGCUUCCCAGUUCUUUUUCACUGGGCCAAGAGAGCUGGGACCAGAAUGUGAUACCAUCGAGGUUCAGACUAAAGCCACCAGUGCUUGCUGGAAAAUCGUGAGCCCUGAAACUUGGGCGCCCGGACCAAGAGCUCAGCGAGGUGGGUGGGGUCUAGAGGAUCUUUCAGAGAGGCCUCCUCUUAGCUAUCCAAGGGAGCCCCCGGAAAGUCUCAAGGGGGGUCUCAGCAAACGGGGACUUUUAGUUCAGGUUGAAAGAACGGACAAUCCUCCUGAAUCCCGGGUCCCUGAACUUCUACACUCGCUCUCUCACCCCGCGCAGUUUCUGGUGUCUGCAAGUUCCGGAGCCACUUGCUGCGACACGUCCCCGCGCUCGGUCCCAGAUGUAGCUGCAGGCUCUGCGCAGGCAGCGGCGCUUUGCUGCGCCCCGUAUGAGAACCGGCUGCUAGGCAGUGCGCGGCCCGAGUUGGGCGCGGCCUUAGGCAUCUACAGAGGCCCCUAUGCGGCCGCAGCUACUGCCCAAAGCUACCCUAGCUACCUGCCCUACACCUCCGAGACCCCCGCCCUGUACGGAGCGCUGAAUCCACAGUAUGAAUUUAAGGAAGCUGCUGGGAACUUCACUCCAGGCCUGGCACAGGCAGGUGCCUACUACUCCUAUGAGCCUACUCUGGGGCAGUACCAGUAUGAUCGGUAUGGAGCUGUGGAGUUGAGUGGAGCGGGUCGCAGGAAGAAUGCCACCAGAGAGACCACCAGCACACUCAAGGCCUGGCUCAACGAGCACCGCAAGAACCCCUACCCCACCAAGGGGGAGAAGAUUAUGCUGGCCAUCAUCACCAAGAUGACCCUCACCCAGGUGUCCACCUGGUUCGCCAACGCGCGCCGGCGCCUCAAGAAGGAGAACAAGAUGACCUGGGCACCCAAGAACAAAGGCGGGGAGGACAGGAAGGCAGAGGGUGGGACAGAGGAGUCGCUGGGCUGCUUAAAUGGUGAUUCCAAAGAUGCCAGCCAAGAAGCUCGGGGACUCCGGCUGUGUGACCUGGAAGACCUGGAGGAAGAGGAGGAAGAGGAGGCCGAAGAAGAAGCAGUGGCCGCGGCCACGAACAGGCUAGCUGUGUUCCAUAAGGACACGCAGUCGCUGCUAAUGCCCUGCGCUGCCACUCGAGAGGAUAGGCAGAAGCGCAGGGAGUGCGUCCUGGCGGCGUCCCAUUUCUCCUUCACUGAGCCUCGGGGGUCCGGAGAUGCAGACUUCCUCCAGGCCGAGCUAGAGAGUCCCACGUUGACAGUGCAGUACGCCCACAGUCCGAAACCCCGCAUCUGGUCUCUGGCGCGCACAGCAGCCGCCAGCACUUUGCAAAGUGCUCCAAGCCCGCCCACACCACGCAGUCCGGAGUGCCGCCAUCUGAUUCCCAGAGAGCUCCCAGGCUUGAGUGCCAGACCUGCGAUCUCCAGAGAGUCAGUGUGCGAAAAGCCUCCCCGAGUAGCUAAAGCCUUUGGAACGACCACAUUUGCCCUGCAGGGACCUCCGAACUGUUCACUGACUUGUGCGCGGCAGGGGAACCCUGCUGUGCCAUGCCAGUAUCCUUCCGGAGCUGAAGCAGGUUAGCGCCAUCGCUGCGAUUUGCAGGGGAACCUUGGAAAGGAGCCCUCCUUUUCGUACU